CAACGCCAGUUAUUAUCAUUCAGACUUUAAUUCGCGGCGGUUGUGCUAAAUUUUGUUAUUUUACAGUAAACAAGACAUACACAAUUAAUCGAAAAAGAAUUUAAUUUACUAAAGCACCAAAAUGUCGCUUCUAACGGGCAGCGCAAAUGCCGUGAAAUACACGCUAUUUGGAUUUAAUCUGAUCUUUUUGAUCACUGGCAUCAUUCUAAUAGCAGUCGGAGCUGGAGUUGGCGCUGUUUACACUGGCUAUGAACUCUUUCUAACUGCCAAAUUCUUCUCCAUACCAACAUUCCUGAUUGUCAUUGGAGCGUUCAUCAUUGUGAUCACGUUCUUCGGCUGCUGGGGAGCAUUGAAGGAGAACUAUUGCCUCAUCCUCAGCUUCUCCAUAAUGCUAUUCAUCAUCUUUAUACUGGAACUGGCAGCGGGCAUCAGCGGUUAUGUUCUACGCAAUGACGCCUAUAGCUUGAUCAAUUCAACACUGUUUGAUUCGUUGUCGGAGUACAAUAGCGUUAGAAAGACUCCAACGACUGCACUGUGGGACAAUGUGCAGCGUGAUUUCCAGUGCUGUGGUGUCACCAACUACACAAAUUGGAGCGAUAAGUUCAAGAACUCUAGUUUGCCUAUCUCCUGUUGCAAGAUUCCUGUGGGAGCCUUGGGCACCUUCACUUGCGAAAAUGAUACUUUGAAUGAUAAUCUGAACACAGACGCCUGUUUAUUGGGUUUCUCCGACUAUAUCUCCGAUCAUGCUGUUAGCCUUGGUGCCGCUGGAGUUGUCAUUGCAGUGCUCCAGUUCUUUGGUGUCAUCUUUGCCUGUUACAUUGCGCGCGAGAUCAAAAUUCGAAAUGGUAUCACUGGCUUCAUGUAGAUAAAAUCCCUCCUAUCGAUGGGGAGUCAAAAAUGCAUGUGAACUUUAUACUCUGUAAUCAGGGUGUUUAUUCUUAAGGAACAUACCAUACGUUGUACUUUUCUGCUGAUAAAUUAUUGAAAUGUUUCUGUAAUUUUAAUAAUUCCACUAAUAAACACAACUUAGCUUUUAAAUCCUCA